CGGAUCGACCUCAUUAAACUAUAACUAAAAAGGAAAAAAACAAUUUUUUUCUUUGUUCUCUACACUGUGUCAAGAUAUUAAAGAUUGAAAAUUCACUCGGCGUUCUGUUUCAUUGCUUGAAGAUCAGAAAUGUUGGACAGCGAGAAGUCAACUUCUAUUGUGAGUUCAUUUUCAUCCUUGUUGCUGAAAGCAUGGAAUGAAUGGGAUGUUAGGGGAAUGAUUCUUUUGAGCCUACUUUUACAAAUCAUCCUCUCCGUCCUAGGCAACCGCAGGAAAUACACAAUUAAUCUUUUCACUAGAAUUGUUCUCUGGUUUGCCUACUUAAGUGCAGACUGGGUUGCUAUUGCUAGUCUGGGCAAGCUUUCCAGUCCGUGUCCAGGAUCUACCACCAACAUUUUGAGAGCAUUUUGGGCUCCUUUACUCAUACUACAUCUUGGUGGUUCUGACACCAUCACGGCUUAUGCCUAUGAAGAUAGCAAGCUUUGGACUAGACACCUCCUCAUCCUUCUUGUCAAAGUAGUUUUGGCCGUUUAUGUCAUUUUUUUGUCAUGGAGCCCUUCUUGGCUUUCUUUUUUGACUCUCCCUCUCAUCAUAGCUGGAAUUGCCAAAUAUGCAGAGAGGAUAUUGUGUCUUAAGCUCAAUAAUUCACAAAAAACAGAGCCAAUCUUUUCCUUCCUAACUGAAAUUGAACCUACCUUUAAACCUUUUGUUAUUAAAAACAUGGAUGUGUUAGGAGCCUUUCUAGUUUUUUCAUUGAAGAGAUCAGACGUCAAUAAUUACCAAUCCUAUAGUCUUUCCACUGCCAAACUAAGGAUAAAUACAUUUCGCUACGAAAUUUUUGAACUAGAGAGAAGAAGGGCCCAAGAAUCCAUGGUGGAUCUGGAAAAUCGCGCGCUUACUUCAAUUGUUGAUAAUCUUCCUGCAGAAACCAAAGAUAUUUUUCCCGUGUUUAUCAUAGAAUUGGGGUUGAUAUUUGACUUUGUUUACACCAAGUCUGCUUUGAUUUACACCAAGACAGGGUGCUUCUUGCGCCUAACCAGCUUUGCUUGCUCCUCUUCGGUUCUGUUGCUCUUCUUGAUGAGCAUCAUGAACGAUUCGAAAUUCCAUUUCUCAAGAGUUGAUAUUUACAUGACAACCAUCUUGUUGGGUGGAGCUAUUGCUUUGGAACUUUUUGCAGCAUGGCUGAUGUUUUCUUCUGAUUGGGCAAUCCUUGUUGCUACACUUCAUCAUAAUGCGUGGGUACGCAAAAUGUUUUGGGUCAUCUUAAAGUGCUUCCCUUGCUUUCUGAAUCGAAGGAAAAGAUGGUCAGAUCAAAUGGGACAAUUUGAUCUGCUGAAGUAUAGUUUGCAAUUCAAGAGAAAGGAGGCAAGCAAGUCAUGUAUCUGUCUACAAAAAAUCACUUAUUGCAAUGAUCUCAUUGAUGUGCGGCGCAAAUACAGUUGUACUAAGUUUGUAGAGGUUCCAAGUUAUUUGAAGCAAGUAGAGAUUUACCCCUCAGAAUUAGAUUUACUUGAAGACAAUACCUUCAAGGCAUCAAGGGGAAAAAAGGCACUACAGGCACGAGAUCAAUAUGAUCAGCUAAAAUGGAGCAUUCAAUUGGACUUUGACUGUUGUAUCAUAGUAUGGCACCUUGCCACGAGUGUUUGUUACUAUCAUGAUAAUUCUCAGCACUCUGAAGAUGCCGAGAUAAGUAAACGUGUAUCUGAUUAUUUGAUGUUUCUGCUGGUUAUGCGUCCUACCAUGCUUUUGCCUGAGGAUAGUAAGAGCUUUUGGCUUGAUCAUACUUAUGACAAGCUUAAAGAACUCUUCUUUGAUGCAACUGAUACAAAGGCAGCUUGUAAAUCACUAUUAAAGUUGGAUGGUGAUGAUCAUGAAGAGAACCCUGAAUCCAGCUUUUCGAAUUUGGACAAUUUGCUGAAGAGUGUGAGAAAAUUAACCACAAGUCUAAACAAUUUAGAAGAUAAAUGGAAGAUGAUAAAGGAGGUUUGGGUAGAGAUGCUUUUCUAUGCUGCUUUUUCAAGUGGCAGCAUUAGCCAUGUUAAGCAGUUGGGGGAAGGUGGGGAAUUCCUCUCACUUGUUUGGCUUCUUAGUGGCGUGCUCGUUACUAAUAAAGCCUUGGAAUGAUUCAUGAAUUUCAAAAUUUUCUCCUUUCAAAACUAUUUCUUUUUAUUAUUGACUGAUUUUUCUGUUGCUUCAAUAUUUCCAAGUUAUUUCUUGUUGGUAUUAUUUCUUCAGUGUUUGUAAAUCUCAUGCUUCUUGUAUUCUACUUUGAUUGGGAAAAAAUUCGUUGUGAGUCUGUUGUAUGCAUACCCUUAAUAAAAGGCAACUCAAAUC